AUGUUAAUUUCAUCUACCACUCCUGGCGGCCCAAGUCAGCAGCCCCUCAUAGGGCCCUCUGUACGCCCACUACCCCCACGGAAGUUGGAAUACACGCCUUUAUACUUCACCAUAGACAGUUUGAUCGAUCCGCAGCGCCCAGCUAAAGCCUUGACUACUGUGGAACGCACGGUGACGCGAAAAGCGAAGAGUCGGCGAAAAGAUGGGAGUGUGAAAAUGGAGUCGGCUUCAUCGGCGCGACAAGGAAAGCACGUGGUUUGCCCAGCUAUGUCAGUGGAGAGAAAAUGGGAGGCGGUCAAUAUUCUGCAGGAGUCCCUGCCUGGUCUACCCGAGGGGCAUGUGGAGAAAGCAAUUUUCUCUGCAACAAGUAGUCGCUUUGAAUGCUGGAGUCUCGUCUUGGACGGUGGCGAUGGAGAGCUCGUGAGCGCAGCGGUCUUUGCGCGACAUUAUAAAUUUGGAUUUAUUGAGCUGGCGUAUAUAGCCACGUCGGAGGCUUAUCGAGGUGGUGGCUACGGUCGGAGUCUACUACAUACUUUGAUGCAACAAUGGGUUCACGAAGGUUUUACCGAGGUUAUUAGUAGUGUUGACCAGAAGGCUGUUGGCUUCUUCCAGGCGAUGGGCUUUGAAGAGGCGAUUCGAAUACCGAAAUUUGUCUACGCCCAGUGGAUCGACACGUAUGGGUCUGCGAAAACACUAGGGUGUGAUAUUGGAGUAAAACUAGCCCGGCUGCUGAGCCCGCGAGCAGUGAUGGCUUCCAAACGCAUUGCAGCUGAUCCGGGAUGCCCGGUGUCGGUGUUGGCAGGGCAGGAGAACGCACCGGGAGAAGACGAGGUUUGGUGUCGGGCGAGGAUAACGAAUAAUCAAGCUGCGACUGGUUUGGUGACCAUAACAUAUCGUCACGGACAGGCUCAUAGGGUGGAGACUUUACCCACGACUUGUCCUAGGCUGAAGAUCGGUGACUCUUCUAAUACGGCAAGUGGCUUACCACAUUUCCCGGCGAGCACAAAGGUGCAUCAAUACCCCUUCGGUAUGGGUGUUCAGUGGCCUGCAGCGAAGUGUAGCGAUUGUGUUGAUCGUCGCAACCGAGCGAAGCGAUGCAAGAAUUGUCACAAGUGUCUGGCGAAGCAUUGCAUUUGUCGGCGGAGUGGUAUGGGAAGCGAUGUCCGGACCAAGCUGCCUAGGAAGAAGGAGGCGAUUGUGUGUGGAUGCAACACCAUACGAUGUCCAGAGUGUGGCAACUGCUUAGCUUCCCAUUGCACUUGUGUUGGCGGGCCUGCGUUUGAAGUUGCAUCAAGGAAGCGCUCGGCUGAUGACGGAUUUAGUGACACUCCUGGACCGACUAAAGUGAUCCGGACGGAGACUCCUUCUGGCAUCUCACGCCACUGCCAAUGUGAAGACCCGACGCCUUAUCCGCAAACGUCCAAGACACGCAAGCCCUCGAAGGCAGUGACGCCAGAUAAUCUACCUAUCGAAUCUAAUACCACACCAGAAGGAACUCCUAUUAAAGAGCAUGGUAUAGCAGCGUCACCUCCUAACGUGGUCGCCCUGGCAGCUGCCGCGGCGGUGGCGAAAGUGGCUGCUAAGAAGGAGGAGGCGCCGAAGCCCGUGGCGAAGGUUGAGGAGAUUCCCCCGAUGGUGACACGGCGACGGACUAGGAGCAUGUCUAAGGAUUUUAGGAAGACCACAGCGGCAACCCUACUUAAAGACGACUCUUCGUCGAGUGCAUCAACUUCGUCAGCAGCGAAGGCUAUGAGUUCUACGUCAGCCUCUGGUCACAAGUACGGUGACUAUAGGACGGUAAGUGGAGGAUUGGGGCGGUACGAGACAGACGAGGGAAUAUCUUAUGGACAGCAGCAAGCGGUCGAUCUUGUCCGUGUCACCAUAGGAAGUGUGACACAUGUGGCCUAUGUGUCGCUCGACAUUGUCAUUGUAAUGGGUGAGCAUCAUUACUAUCAUAAGGAGUACUUGUAA